AUGGCGUUGAGACCCGAAGUCGAUCUUGAGUUCCAACGUGUUAAGAAAAUUAGAGAAAUAAGCCUAAACCACGAUAUUCUCAAUUUUAUCGAGCUAGCACACGCGUCAUUCCAACAAGGGAGGACGUCAAAUCCCCGGGGCCCCUUUAAGAGAUCUCUUCUUCACUAUGCGGCCAUGGGGAAUUGUACCGAACUUCUCCGCUUGCUACUUCAAACUGGAGCACCUGUAGAUGUUUGUGACCAGAAUAAGCGAACACCCCUCUCUUGGGCUGCAGAAUACGGAGCACUAGAUGCAGUAAUGCUUCUAGUGGAAAAUGGAGCCAAAGUAAAUUCCAUUGAUGAUACGCUCACUUCCCCCUUGGCAUGGUCGCUAUCAGCAGGUAUGGGCCAGAUAGUGGAGACAAGAUCCUUCCUUAGGCAAAAAGGUGCGAGACAACGAUGGAUACUGAGGAGAAUAAUUCGUGUUUUGGUAUCGCGGAAAUAG